AUGUCCAACUUCCUAACCAGCCCCGAUGUGAAGGCGAUGCCUCGGGAGGUCUUCAAUUGGAGACUAGUGUUCUCAACGGGAAGUGCCUGUAUGGCCGGAUCUCUAUUUGGAUUUGAUACUGGGAAUAUUGGCGGCAUCAUCGUCCUCCCUUCCUUUAAAGAGACAUUUGGCCUUACAGCAAAUGGCCCAAAUGCGUAUCAGGCGCCAAAUCUCUCCGCAAAUAUUGUGACCGCAUUACAAGCAGGCGCUGUUCUGGGCGCUCUGUUGGCCUACACCUCUGCGGAUCGACUUGGUCGCAGAUGGACCUUGAUUAUCGGGGCUAUUGUCUUCCUCAUCGGCUGUAUUCUCCAGCUGAUUGCACGUCUCAGCACGCUCUAUGCAGGUCGUGUCAUAGCUGGUAUUGCAACUGGCCUGUGCUCCGUUGUUGCACCGAUGUACAUUUCCGAGACCACGCCGAAGGCAAUCCGAGGCGCUAUGACUACUUGUUUCAACCUUAUUAUCGUGACUUCACUCUCUCUUGCCUUUUGGAUAAAUUAUGCCGUGAGCAUUUGGAGCAAUCCCUCAAACAAACAAUGGCGCAUCCCAAUGGCCAUCCAGAUGAUUCCCGGUGGUCUUCUGCUUAUUGGAAUGAUAUUCCAAAGGGAAUCCCCUCGGUACCUAAUCAGCCAUGAUCGGUCGGAUGAAGCAAUUCAAAAUUUAACGUACUAUCGCCAACUUCCUGCCGACCAUCCCUUCGUUGCAAUCGAGGCCGCAGAGAUCACCGAGUCUGUGAAAGCAGAAACAGCCGCGGUUAAAGGAUCAUCUGUCUUCAGUCUUUGCAAGGAAGUCUGUACUGUCCCAGCAAAUCGGCGACGAUAUAUUCUGGCAUUUACCCUGCAGAUAUUCCAACAGAUGACGGGCACCAACGCAAUCAACUAUUUCGCCCCGGCAAUCUUUGCAUCUGUGGGGCUAACGGGAACGAGCACGUCCUUGCUUGCGACUGGCGUCUAUGGAAUUGUCAAAGUCUGCACCACAGUGGUCUACGCCUCCCUGAUUAUUGACAACGUUGGCCGGCGCAAGCCACUCAUGACUGGCGCGGUAAUCCAAGCUUGCUGCUUGCUUUAUCUCACAAUCUUCGUCAAGUUGGCUACUAUCCAGAAUGGUCAGGUCAGCGCCGGCGGAUAUGUUGGUGUAGUUGCUAUCUACAUCUAUGCAUUUGGAUGGUCUUUCGGCUGGUCCGUUGUUCCCUGGGUUGUGCCCUCCGAGAUUUUUCCCAAUCGCAUUCGUGCCAUUUGCAUGUCAUCGAUCUUCGCCUGGCAAUGGUUGCUCAAUUUUGCAAUCACUCGAGCCACGCCAUACAUGAUGCUCAACUUGGAUAAAUGGGGCGCCUAUCUCAUAUUCGCGGUAUUCACAUUUGCGAGCGCGAUCUGGGCAUUUUUCUUCCUUCCCGAGCUGAAGGGAAGGUCUAUUGAAUCCACAGAUCGUCUGUUCGAGCAAUCUGCUUUCACAAUGUUGAAGCGUGCGUAUCCUACCGAGGAAGAAAAGACUUUGGACUUGUCAUCCAGGGAUAAGGCGCUUGAAGCUGCUACGGGUACAACCAAUCAUAUCGAGGAGUCGCCAGCGCGGAGGGAGAAUAUUGUGUGA